AUGUCUGGUCUCAAGAACUCGCCCUUCGGGAAGCGACUACGAGCUUCCCGUCAAGACGGCGAGGGCGACCCCAGUCGACGACAUAGGCCACGCGUCAAUCAAAUAUUUGGCCUCGCACCGGCGUCCACACCCUCUCUUGACUCGCGCCCCACAACCAGCGAAAGUGGCGGGUCUGAAUCACCCGCCGACGCGCGUACUACGCGCGACUAUGGCGAUCGCUUCGUGCCCUCGCGCGAUGCGGGCGACAUACGCACAGCGUAUCACCUGAUGGACGGUGGCGCACCUUCCACACCCUCAAAGAACCGCAUCAUACCUACUGAAUCGGACGCGCUCAAGGAGGAGGCGAACUCGAUCUUCACGUCGAUACUGCACACCGAAGUAGCGUCGUCUCCCGGUCGCUCAGCUUCGCCGACGCGACCGACCGCGGGGCCAUCUACCACGCCUUUACCGUCUACGCCGACGCGACGACGACUCUUUGCCUACAACUCUCCUUCGCGAUCCAACCCUGCGACGCCUACGCGACGAUUGGACGCUCCAACAGAUGAGGCGUACUCAAUGAGCCCGGUUCGAGCGGAAAGUAGGCAGCUACUGGAGAGUCCCCGCCGGCAGAUCCGCAAUGUCUGCAAGACGCCCUAUCGAGUACUUGACGCGCCGGAGCUCGCUGAUGACUUCUAUCUCAACCUCGUAGACUGGGCGAGUACGAACGUGCUGGGAGUGGGGCUCGGAUCGUGCGUGUAUCUUUGGACCGCACAUACAGCACAAGUAUCAAAGCUGUGCGAUCUCUCAGAUUCGAACGACACGAUCAGCUCAGUGUCAUGGGUUCAGAAGGGCACUACGCUGGCCGUGGGGACACUUUCCGGUCGACUACGAAUAUACGAUGCCAACACGCUGCAGUUACAACGGACGUAUCAACAAGCACACACACAGCGAAUAGGCGCUCUCUCGUGGAACGCACAUAUUCUGAGCUCGGGAUCGCGAGAUCGGAUGAUACACCACCGAGACGUGCGGGAAGCGGGAACAAAACCAUUCAAACGGGUGCAAGGCCAUCGACAAGAGGUUUGCGGCCUACGUUGGAGUGGCGAUGGCGGAGCUCAAGCGGCAACGCUGGCAAGUGGCGGUAAUGACAACAAGGUCUGCAUCUGGGACCUGAGAGGUUCGAAACGGCCUCAGCCAAGUGCGGCUGCACGAGCCACCACGGCAACGGCAAGCGCAACGGCCAGCAGCUCAGGCGAAGAUGGCGGCGAAGUGCCGCUGUGGAAGUUCCACGAGCAUACGGCGGCUGUCAAGGCGCUUGCGUGGGACCCCCAUGUGGCGGGCGUACUGGCAUCAGGAGGAGGGACAGCGGACAAGCACAUUAGGUUCUGGAAUACGUUCAACGGGAAUAUGCUGAACGAGCUAGACACUGGGAGUCAGGUUUGCAACCUCGCUUGGUCUCUUACAUCGCAUGAGCUAGUGUCAACACACGGAUUCUCUUCCACGACCGCACAACACCAGAUAUGCAUCUGGAAGUACCCGUCACUCGACAUGGUCGCCUCUCUCACCGGCCACACAUAUCGUGUCCUAUACCUUGCCAUGAGCCCUGAUGGCGAGACGAUUGUCACCGGAGCCGGCGAUGAGACCCUCAGGUUCUGGAACGCGUUCCCCAAGAGGGAGAACCAUGAAGCCAAACGCGAGAGCCGUCUGGACUACGGACGGCUCAUUCGGUGA